CCGCCAUCGCCAUGCGAAUGCUGGCGAUGAUGCACGACGCCGAGCGCCGGCGGGAGGAGCACGAGCACGGGCGCGCGGGCCUGCGCAGUCCGCUGGCCAGCGGCGCGCCGGACAAGGCGGGCGCGGAGGGCGUCCUGGACGACGAGCUGGACGACGACGAGCUGGACGAGGACGACGAGGACGACGCGGACGUGCGCGAGCUGGACCCCGUGGACGGCUUCCCGAGCCCGCCCACGCGCGCGCGCUCGCGCCGGCGCUUUGUCAAGCCCGCGCAGACCACGUACGCGCUGUCCUUCUCGCGGCGUCACGCGCUGGCGCGCCGCGGCCGCGCCAAGGCCCAGAGCGACGACGCGCACGACCGCGGCGGCCGCAACGAGUGCCGGCCGGCGCUGCCCGGUGGCGCCGCGUCCGUGUCGUCGCUCUCGAGCGUGCUGACCGAGGUCAUGACCGGCAAGACCACGGCGCUCAACAACAUCGUGGACACGACGCCGCCGCAGCCCGACGUGUCGUACGUGGUGCGCACGGCGGCGGACGGCACGCCGUACGUGGCCGCGUCCGACGGCUCCAAGUACUUCGAGAACUCGACCAUCGGCCAGAUCUUCCUCAAGCCGGCGCCCAACCAGGCGGGCGCGAGCUCGCGCGGCCGGCGCUCGGACCUCGACUUCCUGCAGUCCGGCGGCUGGCGUCAUCAACAACAGCAGCAACUGCAGCAGCAGCAGCCGACGCGGCGCUCAGACUUUGUGGGCGCUGAAGUCGCUAGCUCUACGUCAGCACAGGGCGUGGACGUGGACGCCAAGAAGGGCUCCAAGCCGCUGCUCGGGUUCAAGGGCUUCCACAUCGGCAAGAAGAAGGAGAAAAAGAACUCGGCCAGUGACUUGAACGCCGUGCGCGAACAGGAGCAGGAGCAGAUGCAGGAACAGGAACAGCGUGUUGACAACGAGUUCCCGAUGCUGGACCCGGACCAGGUGGACCGAAGCCGCGGGGACUCGAGCUGGGAGGCGCCCGCGGUGAAGAUCAAUGUGCGACAGGAGACGCAAGCGCAGGAGGCGUCGGCAAUGAAGCUGCUGGACUCGACCGGCAUGCAGGCUGCCCAUCAAGCGAACGCAGGCAUGCACGCCGGCUCGGCUUCCAGCAGCGACAGCGGCAGUAACUCGCUCAGCUCGUCUAGCUCAACAAAUUCCGGUGCUGCAGCGACCACGACGUCGAAGCUGCCUCGACUGCAGCCGAAGAAGGACCUGCCGGCGCCACCGCUGGCGUUUGAUGCGUACGAUGAAGAGGACAACCCGCUGUGUCGGUCGUUCCAGAACGUGCGUGACGUGGAUUUGAUCAGGUCAAAGUCGGAUGAAUUCGAAGACGAUGAAGAUCACGAGCAGGCUCACGACGAAGAGCACGGAGAAGCAGCAGCAGCAGCGGCGGCUGCUGGUGUGGAUGAAGACUUCCCUGAUGUAGAUUCGCCUGACUUCGCCGGCCGUGUACGUGUGUCAUCGGGCGCAACCAGCGUGGCGGAGUUUGUGGGUGGAUUCAAGGGACAGCUCUCCCGGCGGUCUGGUAGCAGUGGCCUGGUGAAUCGCAAGCGCGCCGUGCGGCAUGCACGCUUGACGGCGGAGGAGCAGAAGGCGGCGGAUCUUGCGCGGAAAAUCCGCGACGCUCGGAACAGAAUCCCGCUCGAGUUCAGGGAUGAGUACAUGUCCCUCGCAGCGCUACACGAGCUUCAGAAGAAGAAGAAGAAGCGAGCUCUCGGUCGGCACGUCCGCUUUAACCCGGAAGUGCAGUGCCGAGAGUUUGAGGUCGAGUCGGAGGAUGAGGACGACGGCUACGAUAGUCCGGAUGAGAUUGUGGACGCUGUGCAACUGGUGAGCAAGCGCGAUGUGGUUCACGCGGAGGACGUCGUUGCAGACAGCGUGGAGGCCAUGGCCUACGGCUUCGACGCUCCACGUCUGUCAAGUCUCGACUCAGAUGACGAUGGGAACGGAAGUUUUUCUAGCAGCCCCAUGACGUUCUCACAGCCUAGCAAGGACUCGAGGAUGUCGUUCUCCGAUCUGUGA